AUGGGUCUCAGCCCGGAACCUUUGUUCAACCCUCCUUUGAGCCCUUUUAGUUGGUUGCGGUUGGUCUCCCUGUUCACAGCAUCUGCUUCCCCUGCCUUAGCCACUUCCACCAGGCAAUCUUCUCUUUUAACCGUAUCCUUCUGUCACGUCAACCUUUCUUGUUCUCCCAUGUCCUCUAAUUCUCCAAUAGAGUUUCCUCCCGAUCGGAUAUUGGCAAUCUCCAUGCCCCAAGCCUCCCUCGAAGCCAUCCAGAUUUCUUCUCCUCCUUCUAGCCCAUUACCCUCUCUUAUCCCUCACCGCCCUAAUUCCCCGUUUUCCAGCCCACCUUUAACCCCUACCUCAAAUUUAUCGAGUUUCCAAUCUCUUGAUGAGGAUGUUCUUCCCUCCCCUUCGUGCGUGCUGGAUAGCCAGGAAUGGGGAAGGAACCAGGAGGAACACCCUUUCGACGUUUCAACUCUUGUGGUAACUAGUCUCGAUUUGGGCAGGUUGUUCAAUCUUGAGUUGGACGGAGGGCAGGAGUCAAUGGAGGAAAUGAUCGAAAACUAUGCUAAAGCGAUGCACCAGAGAAAAGUUCGCAGCCCAGGUCUAAACUAG